CGAUCGCUUCGUCACGGAUCUCAUCUACGACCGUACGAUUCAACCGAUCUCGAGCCGACGAGGUUCUGAUACUUUCCCGUCGUCAUUACCGCAAGGGUUUCCGCGUUCUUUUCUGCUUGUGCUGAGCGUUUGGUCGGAAGAGGAAGAAUUUGACGCUCGGAAGUUAUUUACUUGUUGUUCAUUCUGCUAGUUAAAUAUCAAUGUCCGGGAACAACAACAAUCCACAAAAGCCUCCAGGCUCCAAUUCCUCGCCUUUCGUGAAUCCUGGGAUGGCCUCAGCAUCCAUCUCUACAAACCCAGGUUUCCCUCAGUCCCAAAUGGCGGCUAACUUUCAGGCCCAGUUUCAGCUUUCGCAAGCUCAGGCUCUUGCCCAUGCACAAGCUCAAGCUCAAGCUCAAGCACAGUCUAAAGUUCAAGCACAAUUCCAAGCUCACUUACAAGCACAAGGCUUGGCAAUGAACCAAAACCAAGGUUCCCCAGGGAUUGGUGGUUUGGGUUCAUCUUCGCCUUCUAUGUCAACUCCUGGAAGUCUGAAUAUAAAGAGGUUCCCACUGAAACCACCUAUGCGCCCCCCUGGUGUCCUUAUGGGUAACAACACGAUUUCUCCUAUGAGAACGAUGGAGUUAACUCCUGCUGCACGGAAAAAGAAACAGAAACUCCCGGAGAAGACAUUGCAGGAUCGGGUGGCUGCUAUCUUGCCCGAGUCUGCUUUAUACACUCAACUUCUGGAAUUCGAGUCUAGGGUCGAUGCUGCCUUGUCUAGAAAGAAAGUUGACAUUCAGGAAGCCCUCAAAAACCCUCCCUGCAUUCAAAAGACGCUCAGGAUCUAUAUUUUUAACACGUUCAGUAACCAGGUAAACACGAUUCCUAGGAAUCCAAAUGCUGAACCGCCGACAUGGACUCUUAAGAUUAUCGGGAGGAUCCUGGAAGAUGGAGUGGAUCCUGACCAGCCUGGAUUUCUUCAGAAAUCGAAUCCACUGUAUCCAAAGUUCUCUUCUUUCUUCAAAAGGAUAACGAUUUCUCUGGACCAGAGGCUGUAUCCCGAAAACCCAGUGAUUGUAUGGGAGAAUGCCCGAUCACCGGCUCCUCAGGAAGGGUUUGAAGUAAGAAGAAAAGGGGAUCAGGAAUUCACAGCUAAUAUACGGCUGGAGAUGAACUAUGUUCCUGAAAAAUUCAAGCUAUCCCCUGCUUUGGUGGAAGUUCUGGGCAUUGAGGUUGAUACCCGACCCAGAAUCAUCGCUGCAAUCUGGCAUUACGUUAAAGCCAGAAAAUUGCAGAACCUGAAUGACCCCUCUUUCUUUAACUGUGAUGCUGCACUCCAGAAGGUGUUUGGGGAAGAAAAGAUGAAAUUCACAAUGGUUUCUCAAAAGAUAUCUCAUCACUUAUCACCUCCACCACCAAUUCAUUUGGAACACAAGAUCAAGCUUUCGGGAAAUAAUCCUGCGGUGUCAGCUUGUUAUGAUGUGCUAGUGGAUGUACCUUUUCCAAUCCAAAGGGAGCUGUCUAUCUUGUUGGCCAAUGCGGAGAAGAACAAAGAGAUUGAAGCUUGUGAUGAAGCAAUUUGUGCGGCUGUACGGAAAAUCCAUGAGCAUAGAAGACGGCGGGCGUUUUUCUUAGGGUUCAGCCAAUCACCAGUUGAAUUUAUCAAUGCCCUGAUUGAGUCUCAAAGCAAGGAUCUCAAGCUUGUUGCAGGAGAAGCAAGUCGAAGCGCUGAGAAAGAACGUCGAUCAGAUUUCUUCAACCAACCAUGGGUUGAGGAUGCGGUGAUACGAUACUUGAACAGGCGGCCUGCAACCGGGACCGACGUGCAUGGCAGUUCAUGAGUUCGUUGCUUCUUCAAACUCAUGGGUUCUUUCAGAUUUGACUUUAUUUCCAUUGGAAGUAGUAUAGUUUCAGCUGCUCUGUAUAUUUAUGUUAAAUGCCAUGAAACUUUGUUACUGAGAACAAACUCGUAGGUGGGAAUAUUAACUUUGUAGUUUGUCCUUGUAAGGGCAAUAGGGCAUGUAUCAGCUUUUGUAACAUGCAAGUUGUUGUUGCCAUUGCAGUAAUAAGUGUCUUGCCAUGUC